AUGCCUUCCAAGAACUCCAUCAAUAGACCUAAGCUGACUUCAAACUUGCACCAUAAGGUGCACUCGUUAAAUAAGAAAAGAGCUCAAAGAGAAAGGGCAGGCCUCUUGAAACCAGCUAGAUCUAGUGCAAAUUCCAAAUCUGGGGAAAUAAAAUCAGUAGCGUUAGACCUAUACUUCGAAAACAAAAAGAACGAAAACCAAGGUUCUACUGCUGUCACGUUACCUAAUGCACCAUCUCCUCCAGCUUCCAUUACUACAAGAACGCUUUCCAAAAAGAGAGCUAAGAAGAUUGAAAGAAAUUUGAAGUAUGCUGCACAGAGAAAAUUACUGGUUGACGUAAGCGCUAAGUUAGAAGAUGAAAUGGAUAUUGAUCUAGACAGCGCCAAGAAGACGAAAGAGAAUGAAAAGAAAAGCUCUUUGACUUUGGUUAAGGAAGCCUUAUGGAGUGUCAUUGACGAUACCGCAUCUCACGGACUGGUCAUUGAAAACGGACAAGGUACCACUCUGGGUGGCCCCUUCUUCCCAUGA